AUGAAAGGGGGUAUUAACGGUGAAGGGGGCGAGGGGGACGCUGAUGAUUUUGUGAGAGAGGAAAAGAUGGGACAUGAGAGGGACGAUCAUCAAAGUCGGGAAAAAAGUGUAACCCAAAAUGGACUAAGUAGUUUGACCCCCAGUGGGGUGCAACGCCAAAAGCAGCAUGCUCCCCCAAUAUGGGUGGGAAUAAAUAACCACGUGAGGAUUAGCCAACCGAGUAGCCCCAGCAAAGAGAACGCAAGUGCGAAGAAGAAUUUCCCACUGAAGAGCAACAUCCCCAACCCCAUCAGAAAACACACCAUACUAAGGAGCACAAGCCCUAUAAGGGAAUGCAUCUCUACGAAAGGCACCAUGCCUAAACAUUCAGUGGGAGAAACAAGACCGACAAGCGAAAUGGAACCAACCAUUAAAUCUCCCCUAAUACACACUAUCCAAGCGAAUGAAAAGAAAAAGAACAAAAUGAAGAACAUCACGUCGAUACAGAUUCCAGCACACAGAAACAUAAGCACCUCUGUUAAAACGAUUCCCCAACAAGUCUUGAAAAGUUACAUUUAUAUGACGAAUAGUGAAAGGAACAAUUUUUACAUGAACACGGAAAGUACAGAUAAAAAAGGACAGACACAAAAGUUCCCUCUUCAUCUUUUAAAAGAGCGAAUACUGAACUUUAGCAAAAGACCCAGGGAUAUCAUUUCAAAGCUAUCGAGCAACUGCAAUAGUGGCAAAAAUUUGGAGAAAAAUAAAAAAAAAAUAAAAGUUGAUAAGGCAGAAGAAAAUGAUGAUGUUAUCCUUUUGGAGGGAGAUCAAAAUUCACCUUGCCGUUCAGGUGAAAAUGGGCCAAAAAGUAGCAACACGGGAAAGAACAAUUUGGUGGAGGGACACAAUAAGGGGAAGAAGACAGGUGCAAGUAGUACCUUCAAUUUUUUGAAAAUCCCCCUUGCAGUGAAACGGAAAGAUGGUAAAAUUACCAUCAGAAGGAACAGCAUAGCAAUUGCCGGUGCGGGCAUAAAAAAUAAACAAAGUAGCGCAAAUCGCACGAGUGGACAAAAAAGUGACAGUGUAAAAAACUCGUCGUUUAAAAAGAUUUUUAGUGAGGAGGAGGCACACAAGAUAAGGCUAAAUUACGACAAUAAUUUUAGCGGCAUGGAGAAGAGGGAAGAAGAAAAGGUAAAGAACUUCUACUGUAAGUUUUACAAAUGUACACAUGCUACGCAAAAGGGAAGUGAGAUCAACCCAGGUUCAUCAAGCGACGCCGCAAAUCUACAAACUUCCUGCUUACGAACGCUCGAUGCGCCGUCCAAAUACUGCAAAUCGUGCAGGAAAUUUUUAAAGCUGCUCAUAUCUCACGGGAACAAGUACAAAGGAACGCUAAUAGGCAUAAACUUUAUCCGCCCAGACGUGCAAAAUAUUCUGUACGCGUACAAGUGUCAUAAACAACAUGAAUUUAACUUGUCCCUCUUUCACAUUAUGCACAAUUUGUGGUGCCCGCAUGAUUAUUGCCUGUUCGAGUGUAAGGGCAAGAAUGAGAAAAACUACGCAACUGAGUUUUUUCGCCUCAAAGAGUUGGACACCAUGAAAAAGCAGAAGGACCUGUUUUUCCAGGCCAAACUGUUUUUCCGCAUCCAUCCGGAGAAUGCCUUGCCAGACAGCAGCGAAAACGCCGGCGCAGAAUGCACCGAUGAUGUUGAGAGGAUUAUAAGGAACGCCAAGGACCCAUGGGAAGUUCUCCAGAUCAAGAAAUUUUCCAAAAUGGAGUUGUGUGACAAGGAGUUGAAAAGUAAAGCACGAAAAAAUUACCGUGCCCUGGCUCUGAAGAUUCACCCUGAUAAGAACAAAAGUAAAAAUGCCACGUUAGCUAUGAACAUUUUAACCAACUCGAUGAAGGCAAUAACAUCCCCGUAG